UGUUACAAAGCUGAUGUCAGCAGAAAUUGUCGAACUAUAUUGUAAACGUAAACAAAAGUAGUGAAGUGAUGUGUAUAUCUCAUUAGAAAACACCUAAAAUUCUCUUUAGAUGCUAGAUAUUGAAUUCAUCGGCGACUAGUUAGUUCUUAGUUUGCUUUUUCACGUGUAACAUAUAACAAAAUGCGUAAAACAUGGGUCAAACGAGACAACAUCUACUACAAGCCGUUCUACAAGCAGAAACUCAAGAUGACCUUGCUCGGGGUGCUGCUGAUGGCCGUGGUUUUCUUUGGUUACCAAUUUUUCUACAUCAGUCAGUUACAAACGGAAUCGGGGACGGGCGUGCUCGUCCGGCUUAAUUCGGACCAACAUCAGGCUAAUAUUCCACGUGUUAAUUCAAUAGGAAAUGGAGCGGCGGUCGAAGAAACAGCAGCAUCAAAUGGUUUGCGGGACGAAGGCGGAGGAAUAGCGAGUCUCAACAGCAGUACCAAUACGAUAUUCAAGGGUCCAACUGAUGACAGCCGUUACGUCUACGUGGAGAGAAUAGGGAACUACGAGAAACGUAUACUCCGAGGUAUUCGAUUGAGUGAAUUGGAUGCGUACUCAGAGCGACCGCAAACAAUUUUCCACUGUCUUCGUUCCAAUCGGGCGAUCAGUUGGAACCGGGUGAAUGACGAUUACUGUGAUUGUCCGGAAGACGGUAGCGAUGAACCUAGUACAAAUGCGUGCGCUCGGGGUCGUUUCUACUGUCGAUUCCAAAAACGUCACCUAACCGGACGGGGUGGAUAUACGUCCGUACCUAGUUCAUGGGUAAACGAUGGGGUUUGCGACUGUUGUGAUGGUUCCGACGAGUGGCUCAAUCAGAAAAGCAAGUUGCAUUGCCGGAAUAGUUGUAAGGAACAGUACUGAAGAAAUAGGACUGCCUCAAAAUUGUGGAUGAAAGUGUAUUUGAACUAGAGUGCUAGGUUGCGUGUUUUGUAAUAAAUUAUUGUAGUUUGUACAUAA